AUGUCUGAAUGGAAAGUAGAUCCAGAUAAUAGGAGAAGACUUCUACAGCUGCAAAAGGUUGGGGGCAAUAAGAAGUGUGUUGAUUGUGGGGCACCGAAUCCACAGUGGGCCUCUCCAAAGUUUGGUAUUUUUAUAUGCCUUGAGUGCGCUGGGAUCCAUCGAGGAUUAGGGGUACAUAUUUCGUUUGUGAGGUCUAUCACCAUGGAUCAAUUUAAGCCCGAUGAGUUGCUGAGGAUGGAAAAUGGGGGGAACGAACAGUUUGUUGAAUUCUUGGCUGGGCGUGGAGUUAAUCCCAAGUUGCCACAGAAAGUGAAGUAUGAUAACCCGGUAGCCGCAGAUUAUAAAGAGAAGCUAGGGUGUAUAUGUGAAGGUAGAGAGUGGGUUGAGCGGGAACACCCUGGCUUUGAGGCCAAGAGCUUGAGUGCAGAGGGCGGUGAGGUGUCUGUUGCAGGUGCAGAUGUGGCUGUGGAGUCGAGAUCCAGUCCUGCUGAGGGUGGAAAUGGAUGCUGUCCGGCUGAUCGUAUUGAGUCACGGCGUGCUGGGACGCCCCAGGCGAUACCUGAGGAUCAAAAAGUUCGCAAUGAAGGGUAUUUCGCAGAAUUGGGCAGGAAAAAUCAGGAGAAACCAGAGCAUUUGGCGCCAUCUCAAGGUGGGAAGUAUCAAGGUUUUGGCAAUACGCCUGUAUUGGGAACCUCUACUCAAAAAAGACAGUCAGGCCUUGGCGGUGACACUGGUGGUACGGCGGCUGAUCUUUCGCUUGAAAACUUACAGAAAGACCCUUGGAACACACUGUCUAAAGGAUGGGGGUUGUUCUCUCAUGCGAUUACCAAGUCUGUCGAAGAGGUUAAUGAGUCUGUAAUAAAGCCAGGCGUUCAGCAAUUGCAAUCCGGGGGGUUAUCGGCCGAGGCUCAACGCGCUGCUCAACAAUUUGGCCAAAAGUUUCAGGAAACGAGCUCCUCAGGAUUGUCUGCCUUCUCCAAAUGGACCAAGACCUUGCAACAGCAGUAUGCACAUGGCGUAGCACCCCAGCAACGUGGUGCAGCAGACUCAAAAUUCUCCAAAUUAUUUGACGAAAUGCAACAAAGACCAAGCAGAGAAGAUCCUAACUACCAUCAGUCAACGAAGAAGUCUCCUACCACUAAAAAAGACUUGGAAAAUGAGUGGACUGACUUCUAA